AUGUUUGCGUCGCGGAAGAGCUCGGAGGACGGACCGCGCAUGGGCCCUGAGCGCGACGCCGACUCGCUGGGCGAUGACGAGCACGACGUGCUGCGCAAGGCGAUCGCGUCGCCGAUCGACGACGAGGCGGUGGUCGCCCACGUCGCGACCCUCGUGCAGCUCUGCCAGCUGCGGCACCAAGCACAGGACGCGCGCACUGAUCCAUUGGGGCUGAGCCUCGGCGCUGGACGGCACAAGGACGACCGGACGUACCUCAAGCAUGUGGCCGAGAUCCUUGCCGACUUGCGUCGCGUCCGCGUCGACGGCGCAUCGCUCGUGGCCAUGUGGGAGUGCGUGCAGGACCUUCUCAGCCACCGGUCCGCCGACGCCCGCGCGCUUGCAUUUGACUUUAUCGACACGUGCUUUGACUUGCACGCUGACCGGGCGCUCAUGGCGCUGCGCACCUCGAUCUUUCGCGCGCUGCUGCAAGGCCACGGCGACUAUAGUCGGCGGCAAAAGAGUCUGCGCCGCGUGCUGCAGGACGGACGGCUCGUCGGCCCGUUCGCGACCGACCUCGGACCGUACCUUCUCCAGCUGCUGCGCGAGUCGGACGCGCAGAAGGAUCUCCUCUCGCUCCUCCACUGCAUCGUUCGGCGCUCACCGCAUGCGCUCUCUCUGGAGGUUAUCACGGAGUUUGCUGUGACGCUGGCCGCGCACUCGGACGUGGCGUGGACGCGCGGCGACACGGACGUGGGGGAGCGCUUCCUCAUGUUUGCGUCCAAGCUUGUGGCGCACAAGCUCGAUCGCGCUGCGUCAGCACCCGCGUGUCUCCAGACGAUCUGCGGACUGGCCAACAGUCUGGCCGACCUCACCUGGGGCGUCAUCAAGAAGCUGCUCUUGGGCCCGAGCCGGCACCAUACCCUCCACGGGCUCCUGGACCUUCUCGAGACGAAAGCGACGUCGCCGUACGUCCAGCGCGGCGCCAUCUACUUUCUCGCCAUGUCGUGCUGGGGCUGGAAGCGCAUCACGGAGCUCGAGUUUGGCUGGGCCACGAUUUUGCAGAGCCACCGGCGCGCGCUCGAGUCCCACCACGUUGUCGUCGUCCAAGAAGUGGUCGUCUCGCUCCUCCGGCUCGUCAAAAAGUACGGCGACCAGCUCUUGGUCGAGUGGCGCAUCAUCUUUGACUGCUUGUUCGCGCUCCAGCCAUGGGUGCUCUCGCCGGACCGCCCAGUCGAAAUUCGCACCAACCUUCUCGAGACGCUCGUCCUCAUCGACAAGCUCGUCGACGCCGACCAGUUUCAAGGCGACGUUGAUGCCUUCCUGGAUGUCGCCCAAGUGUACCUCGCGCAGUGCCCCGAGCCGCUCCUUAUGCGGCUUGUGGCGCAUCGCGGUGCGGCGUGCCACCCCGUGACGCACCCGCAGUGGUCGAGUCACCUCGCCGACGUUUUGACGCAUUUUUACCAUGCCACGGCGGUGCCGUCGCCCGUGCGGCUCGCAGCGCUGCACGUGCUGUUCGAGACGCUGGACGCGAGUCGGUUCCUUUGCGAAGACCGGGUCCUCGAGGAGUUUCUUCUGCCGGCGCUCGAGUGUGUGUACGACGACCCGAGCCCGGACGUGCGCUCGUCGGGGCUCAACCACCUCGCGCGCGUCGCCGAGCACGUCGAGACGACCAAGUUUCACGCGCUCGUCGAUAUCUUGCACAAUGCGGUCGUCGCGUCCAAGUCGACCGACGCCCAAGAGAUUGGCGUCCACGCGAUCGUCAAGCUCUUUGAAGUGUGCUUCUUGCACGUCCCGCUGGUCCGCGCCGUGCGCACGUACGAGCUAUUGACAGGCUACUGUGCGACGCACCGGCAUGUGGCCGUGCGCCGGACCGCGGUCGAGUGUCUCUUGCGUCUCUCGACAGCCAACGCGUCGUACCAGAUGCAAUUGGAGCUGCCCCACGAAACCAAAGUUUCGCGGCUGCUAGUGUCGGCUCGGAGUGCUGUCUCGCAUGGUCUGCACAUGGCGUGUGUGCCGGUGGCCAAGGCUGUCGUCGCGCUUCUGAGCCUCGCGAGCACAGAAACCCACACGGACGUACUGGAGCUUGCCAUCGCUGCGCUGCGCAAGAUGCUCGAGAACCGGUUCGUGCUCCACGACGUGAACCUGAGCGACAUGGCGCUCAAGCUCGUGUCGUGUGUCGAGUGCCGCGCGUUUGGCCGCGCUGCGAUCGCGCACGGACUCGCUGCCGACGUGAGUCCGAGCGCAUGGCGGCGCGCGGCGGCCACGUACCUCGAUCGCGGCUUUGAGCUGCUCCUGCUCUUUGGCAGCACGGACGCCCAGCUCAAUGCGGCGGCGCAGCGCCGACUCUUCUUAACAUUUGUCCACGGCCUCGACCUGCGCCCGUCCGUGGCCGCCUGGCCGGCAAAUGGCGUCCCCACCGCCCCGGAUAUGGCGCUCCAGGCCGCGGAACGGGCGCUGGCCCACACUGUGACCUCUGGCCUCGGGACGCUCUCGCUCUUGAUGCCGGACGAAGCGGAGAGCGUGCUUCCCGCCAUCGUCGACGCGAUCGUCCAACGAACGUGCACCACGGACGACGGCAGCUUUGUCCCCGACCUCGUGUGCAUGGGCCUCGAGCUGCUUCUAAACUUGUUUCGAGCGCACCGGACGCGAGCACUGGCCGAGGUGCAGUCCGAUGCGAUUUUGCACUUUGCGCUGCGGGGACUGCACUUGCCGAGCGCGCCAAAGCGCAUCGUGUACAGCGCCUACAUGGUGCUCGCACACUGCUUUGCCUGCGCGCCCGUGGCGCUCCGGGGCGCGUUGGCCCACGCCGCGGUGCCGUUACUAUCAAGUCCAGACGCGCCCGUGCUGGACCAAGUCGCCAUGGACUACAUCAAGUCGAUCGCGUUUGCACCGGCAACGCCCGAGCCCGCGCCCCGCCUCUUGCCCGCGCCCCGCCAAGUAUCGUGGAGCUUUCAAAACACGAUCGUGACGGUCCGGACCGGGCUCGGCGUCACACAGGUCGUCGUCCGACGCGCGACCGGCACCCAGCGCUACCGUCUCGACACAUCGCCCAAGGAGGAGGCGCACCCGCUCCAUGUCAUGAGCCAGCUCUUUGACAUCAACCCACUCGUGGCACACCAGCUCAGCGGCUUGGACGAGCUCGUCGACGGUGACGGGCUCACACGGGCGCUGAGCGUCCUCGAUCUCUCACCACCCUACGAGACGCACAAGAUCGGCGUCCUCUACGUGGCCCGCGGCAAGGCCAACGAGAAGGACGUGCUCUCGGUCGUCGGUGGUAGCCCUCGCUAUGUGCGCUUCUUGCGCGGUCUCGGGCGCAUCGUUCGCAUGGACGCCAUCGACGGCUACAACGGGGGCCUCGACACGUCGCCGAACAGCAGCGACGGCACGUACGGCCUUAUCUACCGCGACUCGUGCCUGCAGGUUGUGUUUCACGUUCCUACCAUGAUGCACGGACCGCUCUCCGAGCCAACGGAGAACGACGGCACCUCGUCGCCGUCAUUGUCGAGCGCCGAGGACGGCGACGGACGGCGACACAGCAAGAAGCGUCAUCUCGGCAACGACUUUGUGCACAUAAUUUACUUGGACGACGUGCACAGUGACGUCGCGGACGAGCCGGUCGUGUCCGGACACUUUACGGACGUCCGUAUCGUCGUCCAGCCGCUCGACGAGUGCCCGUCGUUCUACCGCGUCCGCGUCCUCUGCAAGCAAGACGGCCUCGUGUUUGGUCCGCUGAGCGGGACACAAAUCGUGCCGGCGCUCUGCGUGGCCGAGGCCGUCCGGCUCACGGCGCUGAACGCGAGUUUGGCCUGCCGCGCGUUCCACCACGACCGCAUCGAGUUUGUGCUCAACGCAGAAGACCGCCUCAAGCAGAUCAAGCUCAUUGGGCAGCGCUGGAAAGUGCAAGCGUCCUAA